UCUGCAAAUUACAGUCAUUUCCUUUUGAACAAGCUGAUCUGAUGUAAUCAUGCCUCCACUUGCGCACCGUCAGCGAACUGUACUAAAAGCAAAUAUUAUGCCAAGAUAUCAAUCCAAUCUAUUGUUGUUGGCUGCUAUCAAUUGCGAGAGUAGAUCGAGACAACAGUCGUAGUGCGCGACUCCCCAGACGGAUGCGUUGAAAUGGGGCAGCCGACCCUCAGGGCCACCACAGCAAGACGCGGACGGCGAGGUGAAGUGUUAGGUGUGCUGACACGCUGACUGACUUAAACGCUGAUAAAGUCAACGAAACGUCACCGCAGAGCGUGCCCAGCCGGCAAAGAAUGUUCGGCGUGUCCUGUGCCCCGCCCUUGGGGUUGGCGGGAGCAACCGAGCUCGUUCGGGGAGACAAUGUCCCUAUAAAAGCGCGUUGGACACCGGUCGGUAGCAGCCACAUCCACCUUAGCCAUCGGCGCAAAUCCUCCCAGACGUCUUUGCAGUAAUCAUCGACCGCGUUUGUCUCUUCCUCGUCAUGUACAUUCCGAUUCUUCUCGUAGCGGCUCUGUCGGUGGCAACCGCGGCACCAUCGGGUUACCUGGGCCACGGCUUGGGUGCCGCGCUAGCUGGUCCCAUCCUGGGACCUGCGGCCCUCGCUGGACCCGCUAACGGGCCAUCCGUACUCGCCGGGCCGGUGGUCGGACCCGCGCGCAUAUCCGGUGCCGUCGACGGCGGUGCUGUUGUCACUGGCUCUGUUGCUGGACCGUCGCUCGUUUCCGGCAGUGUUGCUGGACACACGGGAGUGGUCGGCCCAGCUUUCGGUUAUGCCGCACCAGGCUUGGGAUGGCCAGCUUACGGCGGAUUAGGAGCAGUGCUUGCUGGCCCUGCUGUAGGUCCAGCAGCUCUCUCCGGACCCAUCGCAGCCCCGGCUCUGAUCGCCGGGCCAUCCGGUAGCAUCGCUGCUGGCCAUGGUGGACUAGGAGGUAUCAUUCGUGGAUAUGCACCUGGACACUGGUAAUCCUCUUUAUUCGGCAAUGUAUAACAAGGACCUCCGUGCGACUGAUCUCUUGUACAUCCGUAUUUCGACCACACCGCAUCACAGCUUUCGGCAUUCGGCGCCACCGUAUCUUUGAUAUGUUAUACGUGUACAUAACAAAAAGUUUCGUAUAUACGGUGUUAUAUAUAAUAAUAAUAAACGCAAGCAUUCUUCUGAAAUAAAAGCUUCCUAGUUUGUUUGUACACUCCUUUCGGUUUGCUUAUUGCAAACUAGCUAAAUUGCAUAAUUAUUAUAAAUACGUGUUAUAACAAAACUUAAUGUAUCUUUAUAAAAGAAAAUAUCUUCAAAAUUAUUAUAGCAAAACGUAUAAUUAUUAGCAAAAACUAAUACUUGUGAAUUUCUAAUGCAUAUUCUUAUUGUAUAUAAAUACUGUAAUUCCUAUUAUAAAAUUAUAUUCUUACCGUAAACAAUAUGUCUUACUGUUGAAAACAUUAUUUCUCAAGAGCGAGCUAAAGAAUGAUGUCACUUCUCUAAAACCAACCGUCUUGUGCGAGGUAUUCCUCAUUAAACAGAUAAUAUUCGAGAGUAAUCGGGGUCCAUUGUUCCAGAGUACAUAGUACCUCCUUAGAAGCUAAUCACUAAUUGGCAUGACCGGUCAGCGGCCUCUAUUUUGCGGUCCAUUGUGACGCCAUUAACAAUGAGGUCUCCAUUGCGCGGCUAUAUCCGUCCACCUUCUCCGGUAAUUGUAGGAAAUUGCCCCGACCAAUCAGUCGCGUAUUCUCCGCGUAAAAGCAACGGGCGUCCACGCGCUGAUUCCACUUUCCCUUUUCGCAACGCAUCCCGACGCGUAUUCACCGCUGCGUACGUAGCCGGUCCUUUAAUCUUCAUUUUCAAUCACGAUCGCGAAUGCAAGACACCACGUUAUAAUGGAGCCGACGCAUCAUGGUCCGCCUGCGCGUGAUUCCCAUACGGCUCUCACUGGAAACUGAGAAAAUUAUGAUCGCAUCAUCCACGAGCAUUAUCAUCUCAAAGAGGCCUUCUCUGCACUCAGCGACAUAUACAUGUACGUAAUGUCGCGCAACAAGUACUUUUAUACAAGCACAUGAUACAGAUCGAAACGUUUAUAAACACUGUAGCACAGCAGAAUGGUAAGAAUCUGAUGGAAAAUAUAAUAAGAAAAUUUAUGACGCGCGAGACGUUGCUGAUAUGUAAUAGAUAAUAAACAAUACUGAAUUUUCUAAUUGCUUGUUUACUUGAAUCCGAUGUAACUACAAACUUUACGGAUAAUAUAAAAUUGAAACUUUUCAAUUAAUAAACGUUUAGUUUUGAUGACGGUGUUUAUUAUAUUAGAUUUUAUAUAUCUCUGAACUAGCAGUGGAUUCGUUGCGGGCGCAGCAGCUGCAGCAAGUGCUGCGUCUGACGCGUUGCUUGUCACUAGAACGGACAGUCGUAUCGUAAUUUUCUCGCAUGUAACUGGAUAUGCGUUAUCUCAUUAGUAAUGUUCCAAGGAAAAGCACGUUAUGUUCAGAAUAGAAUAGAUGAGAAUAUAUGCUGGAUAAAUUGCAAAGUUGAACUUAGCGACAAUUCCACAUGACACAUUAAAUAAAUUUCGCUAUCUCCUAACUGACUUGCUCGUAGCUCUACGCCGCCCGCUUUAAUGUAAAACGCAAACAAUGAUGCAAGUAAAUUUAUGCAUCUACACUUCUAUAAUCCUCGAUAAAACAUUCGAAGUUUAUGCGAUUAUUGUAAUAAUUUAUAAAAUAAACAAACGAAAUAAAAUAUUAAAUUGAUUG